AUGUCAGAGCAUUCACAACAGAAAAAAUCAAAUCAAGCAACUCCACUUGAAACUCAGUUCAAAGGCAGCAACAAGCCUAGUCUUAUCAAGUUAGAUCUUGGUGGGCUUGAAGACACAAUCUCGAAUUUGUAUAGUCAAACUAAUAAUUUGAAAGAGAAAAUAGACAACGUUGAGAUUAACGAAGAAACUGUGGAAGGCAUCAUGAAGAAAAUAAUUGCAAAUGAACUCAAAACCAGAGAAAACAAAGAUAGCCUCGCCAACAUCCAGACCAAGAUCAUUUCGAUCGAGCAGCAGCUGCUCAAGAACUCGGAGUUGUCGGCAAAGCUCGACAAAGAGAUCCUUGUGGCCAAAGCCAGCGAGCGUGAACUUAGAAGCGCCAUGAAACGAGAAAUUAAGGCGCUCAACUCCAAGGUGUUCGAGAGUGAGAAGCGGCUUCCCCAGAUCGCCCAGCAGUUUUCGAAGCCGAUCGAAGAUAAAUUGAUCAUGGCCUACUCGCUCAUCGACGACUUGGAACGCCAGAUGGAGAAGUUCCAGAGAGGCGAAGCCUACAGUUCCAGUGAGGGUGAGUAUGAAGAUGAUUCUGAAAUUCAUUCUAUUGAUAAUUCAGAGGAAGUUCAUAUUGAAGAGCUCACAUCGCAAAAAGAGCCAGAAGGUGAGAAAACAGACUACCAAGAUCCUAUAAAAGAGCAAAAAGAAAUUAUUCCAAAGCCAAAGAAAAAAAAGAAGAAAAAGAAAAACAAAGCAAGAGCAAGAGACAUUCUAAAAGAGCUACAAUCAAAGAAAAACCCAAAAUCAAAAGAAGAGCUAUCAAGUCCUCAAUUCACUCCAGAAUUCAAGACAGAAAUAGAAAAUAGAAUUGCAGAUCUUGAGAUGAAAAUAAAAUAUGGCCUUUAUGGCCCAGAUGCUCCAGAUCUAGAGUUCCUUAAAAAGCAAGCUGAAAAUGGGAAUGGUGAUCAAAUCAAAGUUGAUUAUGGAGAAUUUGCAACUAAAAGAGCAGAUGGAGAACUUUUUGAUGAAGACCAAGAUGAUGAACGUUUACUUGCUUCUAAAUAUGCACUCAAAGAAGCACAUUACAAAGAGAAAAUAAAGAAAAAUGAUGAAGCUGUUUACAUGAUGUACAACAAAUAUAGAUAUCUAACAGAAGAACUUGAUUUAUACAAAAACACUCUUAUGGACAAAAUUACUGAAAUUGAUGAAGAAGCAGAGGGAGAAGAGCAAGAUGAAGGAGAAGGCAAUAAAGAAAAGUUUGAACCUAUUCUUCCUAAAAAGAUUGAAGACCUAACUCCAGAAGAAAAAGAUUACAACUUAUAUAUUUUGUCUAAAGAACUCAAAUUAACUAGAUGGAAUAGUACCCUUGAUUCUGCAGUUCAAAUUUUAAAAAAGAAUAAUGUUGAGAAUAACGCUCAUAUUAGAGAGCAAAAGGUUUUAAUUGAUCAAAUAAUGCAACGAUUCUCUAACACUGAAGAGAAUACAAAAAUUCUUCGAACAGCUCUCAAAGACUUCAAGCUCGAGGUCAAAGAUGUCAUGAAAUCAGCAAAAACAAACUCAGAUCUAAGAGAUGCUAUCAAAGAUGGAAAGCUAAAUCCAUUUAACAAUUUUGUCUUACAGCUUUCUCAGCAUAUUACACGGUCAAUCCUAUCUUCGGAUGAGAUUCUUGCUUCAUUAGACAAAAACCAGUUCGAUCCUUCUGAUCUAGAAGAGCAGAUGAACCAGCUAAAGCAACAGUUCCAUAGCAUUACUUUUGAUUUAGCUGAUAAAAGUGGAAAAAGUUAUGUUGAUACUAUCUUCUCUGACCUUAGAGAAAGCAUUCAUAAUAUCGGUCUCCAGAUGAACGAUGUAAAGAACAGAUCAGAGCUUAAAAUAACCUCAAUUAAGGAUCUUGCAAAUGAUGAAACACUGGAGAAGAUCUUUAAAGAACUAGUUGACGGGAGAUAUAAAGAAUAUGAAAAGAAUUUAGCCAAAGUCCUUGGCAGGCAGGAUACAAUCCAAUCAGAUUUAGAAAAAUGAUUUGAGGAUUACCACUACAUGAUGAGUUUAAAGAUCAAAAUAGAAGCAAAUGAGCAAAGACUUGAUAAGAUGAUGAAGAUCCUUGAAAAUAAUGCUUUUGAAGAUGAAGGAUUUAGUCCAGAUUUGUCGGAUGGAUCUGUUACUGAUGAAAAGCUUGAUGAAAUGGGAAGUGAAAUAAUAAAAGGAGAAAAUACUGAGAGUGGUGAAGGAGAUAAAGAGCUAAAAUUGAAAAAUAGAAGCAGCAAAGAAAUACGUCAUUCUGAAUCAUCUUCUACACUUCAGCCUCCUAAAGAUUCCCUGCAGCCGCCUAAUAGUAGUAAAUCUUCUCGCAAGGCAUCGCAUUUCCAAAAGAGACCUCACCCUAAACCCUCGAGUAAAUAAAAUUGGUGCUCUAAAGGUAAUGUUUGUGAACAUGGAAGCUCAAAUGAAAGACAUCAAAGCCAAAAUGGAACAAAGAGAACAAUAUGACCAAAUAAUAUCAAACUCAGCAAGCGAGCUUACAGAUUCAAUGGGAGAUACCGAGUCUGUGAGGAAUUUGCUUAAACUAGAAUUCCAAGGAAUGAAACAGUUAGUUGGGAAACAACAAAUGAGUAUCCUCAAAAUUGAAAAUGUCUUAAGACUUCUUAAUGAUUGGAAAAAUGAAUUAGACAUCACUAAGAUUUUGCAUGAUGAGCUAGAUGGGCUACAGCUCCAAGACCUUACAAAAGAAAAUGAAGAAAAGGAAGAAUCAGUAAAACCUGAAAGUCCUGAGAAAAACGCAACAAUGGAGGAUGAUAAUAAAAAGCUUCUUGAUUUCAAGUUGACUGUUCAAGAAAAUGUGAAGAAAGAACUUCAUGAAAAGAUAGAUAGAAGGCAAUUCAGACUUGCAAACAACUCCAUGAUUCGGAAAAUGGAGAAGAUCGAAAAGAACAUCGAAGAUCUUAGCAAACUAAACAGACAACAAAGAGAAUAUGCAAAACCUCUUUCUACUCUUUUCAAGACAAAUGAGAAAUGCAUUAGUUGAAACAGAAAGUUCCCAAAAACAAAUGAUGAGAGCUUAAUAGAAGAACAAGACAAAAAGAAAAGGCAAAAACAGAAUAAAUAUGUAUUCAAAGAAAUUUACAAAAAUGCUCCAAAAUUAGGAUCAGGUUAUUCAAGAAUUUUAAGUACCCUGAAUGAUGUCAACGAUAUCAACACUCUUACUGUAGAAGGCUCAUUUGCAAAAACAGAAGACUCUCGAGUUAUGAUUCCUUCUGUAGAAAUUGUUCAAAACAAAAAUCAUAUGUCUGGAAUAAUGUCGAACCAUAGACGCAACAACAGUAACUCCAAUCGUAACACCCAGAAAGUGUUGCCUAAAGUAAAUUUAAGCGGAUCAGUUUCAAUUCUUCCCUCGAUUAACACAAGCUUGAACAAAGGGGUUAAGGGUGAACCAAAACUCAAGACUAAAAGAUUCACCAAUAGAAAUUUUGGAGGAGAACACACUCAUAGAAAAUACGGCAGUAGGGAUAACGAAUUAUAA